GUCGCCGGGCGGGAGAUGUCGCCGGGGGGAGGCGCAGGCGGCCCCGCCCCGCCCCGAGCCCUGUCUUCUACGCUCCUCCCCCUGCCCCGCCCCCGCUCCGCUCGGAGCGCGCGCGCGCCACCUCCCCACCACUCGCCUCUCUCCUUGCCGGCCGAGGAGGGAAAAUGUGAACGGGGCCGGCUCCACCCGCGGCGCCUCGGAUUGGUCCCCGCCUUCUGCCUGCCGCCCAUUGGCCGCACUGCCCCUGCCGUCGGCGUUCGAUUGGUCGGAGCGGUUUUGGAUACCAAAUUCAAAGUUUUUAAAAGUACCCGGGGAGGAGGCGGUGCACUCACUGGCCGCGGCCGAGCAGCCCUGCAGGAGACAAACAAAAUAAUGAAAUCAAAUCUUAACCGCUCUUUCAAAAUGAAGUGUGAUUUUGCUUCCAUGUCUCCUCGUGCUGGGUUUGCACCGUUGAAGUCUGCUGUGGAGAAAACAAGACUGAAAGAAUCCUGCCCCCUGAAUUAUGAGGAAGGUUUUUGUAAAAGCUGUGCUGAAGAGCACCAGAAAAUACUCCUUAGUGACUCAUACCAUGUGGCCACCAGAAAUCUAGAUCUUGAAGAUGAAGAAAGACCUGUACAUAACAAAGAAAACAAACAAGUAACCCAGAAACUUGAUGAAGGUAUCUAUGAAUUGGAGGGACUAGAAAACAGUAAACUUAAUGAGGACAGUGGUUAUUCCUCUAUGUUAAGUAGUCACUACACUGAUGCAACAGAACAUGAGGAUAGUAUACCUCUGGCUGGGAAUCUCUGUGGCACACCUAAGCAUUGUCUCAUGAAGAACCAAAUCGAAGCACAGUUUUCAAAAAAGACUUUGUUGCCAGUAAUCCAUUAUGAAGAAAUGAUUUGCUCAACUUUGAAAAAAAGUGGUAAAAGAAACCUCAAGUCUUGGGCUGUGGUAGACAGGAUUGUUUUUAGGGGAAAGCUUGAACUUUGUAACCUAAUUGGAAAGAAAAUGGGAUUAGAUAAACUAGACAUUCUUGCCGAACUCUUCCAAAAGAACCUGAAGCAUAUAUUAGCAAACAUUUUGAGGCAUCUUGGCGAGAUGGAUUUAAUAAAUUUUGCCAAAGUCAGCACAACAUGGCAGAAGAUAUUACAAGAAGAUAAAUGGAUUUUCCAAAUGUAUAGUAAAGCUGUGAAGAACCUUGCUAAUGGUACUAAGGCACCAGAGCAUGCUGCAACAAGGGAGUAUGUUCUCUACCGAACAGCUUUAGCUUCCAUUCAGAAAGCAACCCCACCAAACAACUUGAAUAAAAAAGGCACCAGAUCCAAAGCAUCCAAGAAUCACAGCAAGCUCAUGAUGUUUUCUGAGACUGCCAAGACCUUGAAAAACAAUGAAAGCCUUAAAGUCUGCCACCGCUGUGGCUCACCUGCUAAGUAUGACUCCUACCUACAAAGAGCAACGUGCAAUCGUGAAAGCUGCGGCUUUGACUUCUGCACGAAGUGUAUGUGCAGCUACCACAGCUCCAGUGACUGUAUGAGUGGCAAACCAGUGAAACCCAGCUCUAGGAUGGGGCCGCUUCCUGGGACUAAGAAGAGCAAACAGAAUCUGCGGCGACUGUGAUCUGUCCAUCCCAAUACAGACUGAGAUGUCCCAUAAAAGUUUUUUUAGGAUGUGAAGUUAUCCACAAAGAAAAUGCUUUCUGCUAUUCUAUGUUAAAAAGGUUAAUUUUAUUACUCCUUGUACUAUUCGGUCUAUUUGAUGAUUCCUAGGAAUCAUCACAAAUAUCCAUUUUAAAAAGUCUUCCUGAUCUAUAAAUUUAUAAGAAAAUUCUGGGUAUGGAUUCUAAUAACACUUCAGAUAUUGUGCUAACAAUUUGGCUGUUGCAUUCCAGUCUUCAAAAUACCUCACAAUGAUAUUGAACAAGAUAAAGUUUUGGCAAGUAGCCUUCCACAUGUAACCCUAGCAAUUAUUGAAUGCAAGGGAGAAGUGUAAUCUGUUUUAUUUAACUGUUUUUUCUUGUUCAAAAGUAUUUUAAAAACAGUUAUAGUGAGAUUGUCAAGUGAGGUAAGUCCCUUUUAACACAAAAUUAUGAGGGGGUCUAGAUUUUAUGGGUUUUGUUGCCUGUUUUUUUUUGUUUCAGGGCUUUGCCAUAAUCUCAAAAUGUGAACGUUUAUAAUACCAUUCUCUCUGAUUUACCUUACAUGAAUCUUAAAUUUUUGCUCUUCCUUCAUUUCUUUGUUCAGAAACUUCAGGUUUUCCUUGAACUGAGGUGAUACUCUUUUGAACUUAAAAAAAAAAGUACUGUAUCUUGGCUAUACUGCUAAAAAUAUUUUGCCAUUUUUUAAGUCAUAAGAUAAUUUUUUUAAUAUUUGUAUAUAUUUGUAAGUACUACUUUAAAUAUUAUUUGUGUUUGUCUUAUAAAUGUGAAAAUAAAUUACUGUUCUUAAAAA